UUAGAAAAAGUAUAGUCGACGCGCUUGUGUGCGUGGCCGGAACUCAAAAGCCGCCUCCUCCCCCGACCCCGGCGCCCCACCGCCGCCGCCACCGCCUCCCACCGGCCGGCGCAUCCCGUCACCUCUCCACCAGACAGAUACGCGGACGGAUCCGCCCCCACCUGGAGCCCGAUCUGUGGGGAGCGGAAAGGGAGAUCGGAGCUUGAGUAGAGGGAGCCAAAAUGGUGAAGGACACGGGCUACUACGACGUGCUGGGCGUCGACCCGACCGCCACCGAGUCCGAGAUCAAGAAGGCGUACUACAUCAAGGCGAGGCAGGUCCACCCGGAUAAGAACCCGAACGAUCCGCAGGCGGCCGAGAAGUUCCAGGAACUAGGAGAAGCAUACCAAGUGCUCAGUGACCCCACACAGCGCCAAGCUUAUGACUUGCAUGGGAAAUCCGGCAUCUCAACGGAAGGAAUAAUUGAUCCAGCAGCAAUUUUUGCGAUGCUAUUUGGUAGUGAGCUUUUUGAGGAUUACAUUGGGCAACUGGCAAUGGCAUCAAUGGCUUCACUUGAUAAUUUUGGUGAAGAUGAACAUAUUGAUGCAAGGAAGCUGCAAGAGAAAAUGCAGACUGUUCAAAAGGAACGGGAGGAAAAACUUGCAGAGAUCCUGAAAAACCGGCUACACAUAUAUGUUCAAGGAAAUAAGGAAGAAUUCGUCCGGCUUGCUGAAGCUGAGGUGUCCAAACUUAGCAAUGCAGCAUAUGGAGUUGUUAUGUUGAACACUAUUGGCUAUGUAUAUUCAAGGCAAGCUGCAAAAGAACUAGGAAAGAAAGUGAUAUUUUUGGGGGUUCCCUUUGUAGCUGAAUGGUUUAGAGACAAAGGUCAUUUUAUCAAAUCUCAAGUAACAGCUGCCACAGGUGCAAUAGCUCUUAUGCAGCUGCAAGAGGACUUGAGGAAGUAUAUGAGUGCUGAGGGCCAGUACACAGAGGAAGAACUUGAAAUGUACAUGGAGAACCACAAGAAAGUCAUGGUUGAUUCAUUGUGGAAGCUUAACGUUGCUGACAUAGAAGCCACCCUAUCCCGUGUCUGUCAAAUGGUGCUUCAAGACAGUAGUGCUAGGAAGGAGGAAUUGCGCCUUCGUGCUAAAGGCUUAAAAACUUUAGGAAAGAUUUUCCAGCGGGUUAAGCUCAACCCUAGCGAGGGGGAAGCAUCACAAAUGAGGAAUAUAGACAACAUGGACGAGGAUGAUGGCAGCUCCCCUGAUUCAUCACCAAGGAGGGAGCCACAGUUCACUCCUAAUCAGCCUCAUGUCCCGAGCCCGUAUGUGGAGGCGCCCCAGGUUAAUGGAACCUAUUGCUCGUUCAACUUCCCAAUGCCUACAGCUCCUCCUGGCGCACAAAGGGAUCCAAGGCCAUGAGUCCAGAUUAAGUCUGCCUGUACCAUUAUUUCCGUGUAACAUUUCCUGUAAUACUAGAUCAUUUGCAUGGUGUGCCAUUUAUACCUGUAGUAGAGGAAACAGAGUUGCCAGGUGCCCUCUGCCCCAUUAUUUCGGUUGUUUGCGUAGACUGAUGCUAGCGCUGUGUACAGGGGUGUUGUGCUGCCGUUGUUGCAGCAGUAGGUCAGCAUCGGUGUCCAUGUUAUGGUGUUAUUCUGUUGCCUGUUCGUUCCAUUUUGACAUAUACAGUUGUUAUCUUGCAUCCAUGGAAAAUGAAGUUCUGGUGAUUGUUUUGCUUUCA